UGUUAAGUUCCAUCUGUUCCCGCAUCAAGCUGUGAGAAUGGAUGGAACUCAUUGUUACGAUACUUUCUGUACAGGUUUGAUAGAGCCAUUAUCAAAAGACCAAGAUUACAAACUUUUACCGACUUCGGUGAUGAAGGUGAACGUGGUUCCUGGAAUCACCGUCUUCGAGCAUAGAGAGCGCCACAGAACCGCUGAUUUUUAACGCGGUCAGUACUGCAGUGCACGAGUUAGAAAUUCCCAUUGUACGUCCUAUCUAUGUAAUAUCUUAUCGGUGGUUUUAUAUUUGGCGCGAUCGAAACACUGUGAAGUGUUACGAACGCUCCGCGAAGAAGGAACGGUCGACAGCGCCACACGGUUGGUAAGCUGCACGAGUGAGUGCCGAGAAAGAAGAAAAAGACCCCUAACUCGUCGUGUUAAUAAUCGAUCGGUUAGAGUCGAGUUGCCUCGCGUUGCGACGCGUACACGCUGUGUUUCGAGGAACGUCGCGGAACUAGAACCAGUAUGGCAGGAGUACCUCAGCUGUUUUCACGUCACUGCCUACGUAUCUGAGAAACGAGAAAAAAGUCUAUCGCCAGCACCGCCGCCGUCGUGACCCGACGUUGAAUUAAAAACAGAAGAAAAAUGUCGUCGGUAAAGGUGGCGGUGAGGGUACGGCCCUUCAACAAUCGGGAGAUCUCCCGCGAGGCACAAUGCAUCAUCGAAAUGUCCGGCAACACUACUUCUAUAUCGAACCCCAAAGCACCACCGGGCACCAAAGAUGCAAUCAAGAGUUUCAACUACGAUUAUUCCUACUUUUCCAUGGACCCAUGUGACACUAAUUACUCCUCGCAAGUGAUGGUCUACAAAGACAUUGGCGAGGAGAUGCUGCAACACGCUUUCGAAGGGUACAAUGUGUGCAUAUUCGCAUACGGACAGACUGGCGCUGGUAAAUCGUACACUAUGAUGGGCAAACAAGAAGAAGGUCAAGAGGGAAUUAUUCCCCAAAUUUGCAAGGACCUUUUUAGAAAAAUCAGCCGCAAUUCAAGCGAGAGCCUGAAGUAUUCGGUCGAAGUCAGUUACAUGGAAAUCUACUGCGAGAGGGUGCGGGACCUCUUGAACCCCAAGAACAAAGGAAAUCUCCGUGUACGAGAACAUCCUCUCCUUGGACCAUACGUCGAGGAUCUGUCGAAACUGGCGGUGAUGUCUUAUCAAGACAUCCACGAUCUCAUAGACGAGGGAAACAAAGCAAGAACCGUGGCAGCCACAAACAUGAACGAGACAUCAAGCAGAUCCCACGCUGUAUUCACGAUUUUCUUCACGCAACAAAAACAAGAUUCUGCGACCGGAUUAGUGACAGAAAAGGUCAGCAAAAUCUCGCUGGUCGACUUGGCUGGUUCCGAGAGAGCCGAUUCUACCGGUGCAAAGGGCACGAGGUUGAAGGAGGGUGCGAAUAUCAACAAAAGCUUGACAACCCUCGGGAAGGUCAUCAGCGCUCUAGCCGAAAUCGCGACGAAAAAGAAGAAGAAGGCUGAUUUCAUCCCGUACAGAGAUUCCGUUCUAACGUGGCUGCUGCGAGAAAAUUUGGGUGGAAACUCAAAAACAGCGAUGAUCGCUGCAGUGAGCCCUGCGGACAUCAAUUACGAUGAAACACUCUCCACUUUACGAUACGCAGAUAGGGCGAAACAGAUAGUUUGCAAGGCUGUCGUUAACGAGGACGCGAACGCGAAGCUUAUCAGGGAGCUCAAGGAGGAGAUUCAGAAGUUACGGGAGCUCCUGAAACAAGAGGGUAUUGACGUGCAAGAAGGGCCAGAUGGCAAAGUCACAUAUGAAAAGAAAGAAUCUAGAGACGAAAUCGUCAGGACAAAUAAACGCGAGGACGAUGUGAAGGAAAGUCGGUCGAGACUUGCCUCUCACACGAACUCGACAAUCGCCGAGGAAGCUGUGGAUCAGCUACAAGCUUCGGAGAAACUUAUCGCUGAGCUGAACGAAACAUGGGAGGAGAAGCUGAAGCGAACAGAGUUGAUACGCCUUCAGCGCGAGGCGGUGUUCGCCGAAAUGGGAGUUGCGGUGAAAGAAGAUGGCGUAACGGUUGGCGUGUUCUCGCCAAAGAAAACUCCCCACUUGGUGAACUUGAACGAGGAUCCUCUUAUGUCCGAGUGUCUGAUCUACUACAUCAAGGACGGUUUCACGCGUAUCGGUAACGCUGAGGCUAACAUACCUCAAGACAUCCAGCUUUGUGGCCCGUACAUACUGAGCGAGCAUUGUGUCUUCGAGAACCACGAGAGCAUCAUCACCCUGAUACCGAAGACGGACGCUUUAAUUUAUGUAAACGGACGCGAGAUCACUGAACCAGUUGUUCUGAAUACUGGAUCUCGUGUGAUCUUCGGAAAAAAUCAUGUAUUCAGAUUCAUACACCCUGAUCAAGUUCGUGAACGAUGGGAGAAGGGGUCCUCUGCUGAGACACCUGGAAAUGUAGAAACAGUAGAUUGGAAUUUUGCACAAAUUGAAUUGCUGGAAAAGCAAGGAAUCGAUCUCAAAGCGGAAAUGGAGAAGAGAUUAUUAGUGCUGGAAGAACAGUACCGCAAGGAAAAGGAAGAAGCUGAUCAGCUGUUCGAAGAGCAAAGAAAAAGUUACGAGGCCCGGAUAGAUGCACUGCAGAGACAAGUGGAGGAGCAGAGCAUGACGAUGUCUAUGUAUAGCAGUUACACACCAGAAGACUUCAAUAAUAUCGAGGAGGAUAUUUUUGUCAACCCCUUGUUUGACGCAGAGAGCAACUGGACCGAGAGAGAGUUCCAACUGGCCGCUUGGGCCUUCCGAAAGUGGAAAUACCAUCAAUUCACAAGUCUUCGGGAUGAUCUCUGGGGCAACGCGAUAUUCCUCAAAGAGGCUAACGCUAUUUCUGUCGAACUCAAAAAGAAGGUGCAAUUCCAGUUCACCUUGCUCACGGAUACACUUUACUCGCCGCUCCCUCCGGAUCUUCUACCCGCUCUGGACGAAGAAGAAGAGGAAGAAAGACCAUUCCCGCGCACGAUCGUUGCUGUAGAAGUUCAAGACACAAAGAAUGGAGCAACACAUUAUUGGACGCUUGAUAAACUCAGACAGCGCUUGGAGCUGAUGCGACACGUGUACAACGAGGACUCGAGCCCCAGCACCCCGGAGGCCAAAGAGGAUAUUUUCCAAUGCCUUACAGUCUACUCUAAUCCGAAGUUCUCGCUCGCAAAUCUUUUGCCUUCGAGACAAAGACUCGAAUUGAUGCGCGAAAUGUACCACAACGAGGCUGAACUAUCGCCCACAUCUCCAGACUUCAAUAUCGAGUCCAUCACCGGUGGUGAUCCCUUUUACGAUCGUUUCCCAUGGUUCCGAAUGGUUGGAAGGUCCUUUGUAUACUUAAGCAAUCUCAUGUACCCUGUACCGCUGAUCCACAAAGUAGCGAUAGUAAACGAAAAGGGAGACGUGAAAGGGUACUUGCGCGUGGCUGUGCAAGCCGUUGUCGAAGAGGAAAACAGUGAGUACUCAAGCGGCGUUAGACAGUCAGCUAGAAUUUCCUUCGAGGACGAUCUCUUUGACGGGCACAAGCAAAACAAACGCAACACUCUGUUGACUCAGACGCUCGAAAAAAAUCGACAGAUCCUUCUGAACGAGGAACGCGUCGUGGAGGGCCAUAAUGAGCAAAAGGAUGUGAAAGACGAGGACGACAUUUGUGAUGCCGACAGUGGCAGAGGCGACAGCUCGGUUUCCAGCGACAUGAAAGAAGAUGAUUUACCAGAUCAUUUGCAACCAGGUUCUGAGUUCACGUUCAGAGUAACGGUGCUGCAAGCUAUGGGCAUUUCCACCGAGUACGCCGAUAUUUUCUGCCAAUUCAAUUUCUUGCAUCGACACGAUGAAGCUUUCUCAACGGAACCGGUAAAGAACACAGGAAAAGGAAAUCCACCUGGAUUUUAUCACGUACAGAAUAUUACAGUCACGGUGACAAAAUCAUUCCUGGAGUACCUUAAAACUCAACCAAUCGUCUUCGAGGUUUUCGGACAUUAUCAGCAACAUCCUCUGCAUAAAGAUGCUAAACUGGAAUACAUUCAUCCCAACAGCGUAAGACAGCCACCGAAGAGAAUGCUUCCACCGUCUAUACCGAUCAGCCAACCCGUACGAUCGCCAAAAUUCGGAAGCGUUUUACCAUCGCCCAGCACGUCACAUGUACACGCUAAAUACGACGUGUUGGUAUGGUUCGAGAUAUGCGAACUAGCACCGAACGGCGAAUACGUGCCAUCCGUAGUCGAUCAUAGCGACGAUUUGCCAUGUCGUGGUCUUUUCUUGCUUCACCAAGGAAUUCAGCGUCGCAUUCGAAUUACUAUCGUUCACGAACCAGCGUCCGAAUUGCGAUGGAAAGACGUGAGAGAGUUAGUCGUUGGCCGCAUUAGAAACACACCAGAGCCAGAGGAAGAGGAUAAUGAUUCUUCGGUGCUCUCGUUGGGUCUGUUCCCUGGUGAAUAUUUAGAAGUACCUGGAGACGACAGAUGUAUGUUCAGAUUCGAGGCGGCAUGGGACAGCUCUCUUCAUAAUUCAGCCUUGCUCAACAGAGUUACAGCGUACAGGGAACAAAUUUUCAUGACCAUCUCUGCGUACCUUGAGUUGGAAAAUUGUGGAAGACCUGCGAUCAUUACUAAAGAUCUGAGCAUGAUCAUUUACGGCAGAGAUGCCAGAGUAGGACCUCGUUCUCUCAAGCAUCUGUUCAGCGGAAGCUACCGCAAUCAGGAAGCUAAUCGACUUAGUGGUGUCUACGAGUUGGUUCUGCGUCGUUCUUCGGAAGCAGGUAGCCCAGGUGUUCAAAGGCGACAACGUCGUGUACUAGACACGAGUUCAACGUAUGUUAGAGGAGAAGAGAACCUCCACGGGUGGAGACCACGAGGAGACAGUUUAAUAUUCGAUCACCAAUGGGAACUGGAGAAAUUAACAAGACUGGAGGAAGUGGAGAGAGUAAGACAUACGCUAUUGUUACGAGAAAAACUUGGCAUCGAUAAAGUUCCAUUCUGCAAUAAAAUACCGCACGACUUCACAAAGAGCGAAAAGGAGGUUUGCAAUAUGAUGGCGAAAGCGACGAACGAACCACAUGCUAGCCCGGUAAAACUUAGACGUUCGACGAGUAAGGAUGUUUACGAACAUUGCGAGAUGACUGAGAGAGAAAAGGAAUUGGCCACAAAGUAUAUAAAACUGAUUCAAGGUCGAAUUCCAAGCAAAGAACCUAUUCUACUUUCCGACGUUUCACCUGGAGAAGACACUAUGGCUGAUAUGUCGGGAUCCAUGAUGUCUUCGGUGAUAUCGUCCUCGUCUCAAGAGUCAGUAUACGCGAGAGCUAGUGAUAUCUUAGAGCAGGCUGCUGGUAUAAUAGUAUGGAGCAGGUCUAAGUCGUGCAUCCUUAGGUUGAGUUCACCGGAGAGGGCUAGACUGCAAGAACUACAGGAGAGCAUAUUGGCAAGCGAGUCCAGCAACCAAACAUGUAGCGUUGCACCGGCUCCAUUAGGUUCCUCUUCUCCGUCAAAGGAAAAUUUGGUGCUCUACGUGCCAGAAGUGGAAGAAAUACGCAUUAGCCCGGUUAUUGCUAGAAAAGGAUACCUAAAUGUUCUCGAACACAAGACUAACGGAUGGAAGAAACGUUGGGUGGCGGUACGACGACCUUACGUUCUAAUCUUUCGAGAAGAGAAAGACCCAGUAGAGAGAGCUCUCAUCAAUUUAGCUACUGCUCAAGUUGAAUAUUCCGAAGAUCAAUUAGCCAUGGUGAAAGUACCAAACACUUUUAGUGUUGUUACAAAACAUCGAGGAUACUUGCUUCAAACUUUAGGGGACAAGGAAGUCUACGACUGGCUAUAUGCUAUUAAUCCUCUCCUUGCUGGUCAAAUCAGGUAUGGCGCUCACGAGAUUGGACCUGAGGGGUACCAUGAAUUAAAGGGAAUGCUUCUCGACUCUGCCAGUGGAUUGUACUCUGCGGAGAAAAAAGGACCUUCCUUGGAGGCGUAUUGGGUCAGACGUUAUAGUCAGCCGUCAUAGAUAUACUAGUUGUCGAAACUAGCGCGCAAAGGGCCGACAGCCGCGAAUUUGAAUAACGCUUCGCCAGUCGGUCUAGCUCCGCUUAUAGAUCAACAGUCGAACCAAAACAAGUGAGUGGUCGACACGUUGGCCGAGGUAACGAGCGUCAUCACGAAAGCCUCCGAGAAGAUGCUGUGCUGGUCUCACUCGGCCUUCGAGUCUCAUGAUCUCUGUAGCUUUCGAUUUCCGGUAGUCUUCGAUUAUUAAGCGGCUCGGAAAAGCGUAUCGAUCGGCUACCAAGCUUCGAUAGCCGCCGAUUAAUAUCUCGUCGUCUGAUUUAACGAUCGUCAGCCACCCUUCGCGUCUGACGAUCGAUUAGAGAAGAAGAAUAAAAAUACAGAAUCGGUAACUAACGCAAGCGUGCAUUCGUCUUUCGAAAGAAACGUUAAACACGUUUAAGUAAAACAAAAAAAAAUUAUUACUAAGGGGUCGUGAAUUCCUCCGCGUGAUCCUCUCCGUUCGUUUCGAGACACUGAUCGAAACGUAGCAAAACGUCGAUGAGGCUGUCACCGUGCGAACUCGCGAUACACCUUUUAACGUCGUAUUUGAAUUUCUCGAUAUUAGUCGGUUGCGCGAAGCGAUUCUCUGUAAGCGCGAAACUGCAUAGGGCGAACAGGAACGUAUUUUAUGCCUAAAAUAAAACAUUCCUAAGACGAUCAUAGAAACGAGGCAAAAGAUAUACACACUGUAGGUAUAUACUCGUAUGAGAUGAUGUGUGCGAGAGGAAGCAAGAAAGGGAGGGAGAGAAAGAAUUAGGAGGAACGAAGUGGCGAGUUAAGGGGAAACACCACCUUUCAAGCCGAAAAAAAUGUUGAUAUCUGAGAAUUUUUUCUGGCGAUACCAAGUAUCUAAUAUGAAUAUGUGACACGUGUAAUGAAAGUACAUACCUUAAAUAUUCUUGACAAUAUUCAUAGAAAUAUGUUACUAUAGAAAAUCGUGACGUUAACAUAUUUUUAUGAUAAUUAUCAGAAAUAUUGUUCGAAGUAUAUACUUUAAAUGUACACAACAAAUGUUUGUUAUUUGCCACUUGGUGUUAUCACAAAAAAUUGUCAGAUCUGAAAAUAUUCUUUGCCCCGAAAAGUGGUGUUUCUCCUUAAGAUGCGUCUACACUAUGUAACAUAACACGUUAUAUAGCAAAGUUAUAAAACUUGUUAAUGAAAAAAUGUUAAUGUACGAUCAACGAAGGUUAAAAAACAUUGUUCUAUAACGUGUUGCAAGUCGGUCUAAAUCAAUGUGAAGCAGAUUUGAAACACUUGCCAUCUCCCAUAUGCAGAUGGUUCGUCACGUCAGUCUGACUGAAAUCUUUCGCUGAAAACUAUUUCCUUUUACUGCUUCAUUAACAAGUUCAACACGGCAUGACCCACCGAUGGGUCAAACUGCAAACUUGUUAAGAAUUCGUCACUCGAAGAGGAAUGUACGAAAAUGGUUGUCGCUGUGAACGCGUUAUUGUUUUUUUAAAAUGAUUACAAAAUGAAAUAACCUCAUACCAUAUAUAAAAUAUGUACUAUUCACUAUAUUGGUAUACGCGGACAGAUUAUUACUAUUAUAGUACUAUACAGUGCAGUAUUAUAGUAGUAUAUACCGUUCUCGCCCUAGCAGUGUACUACUAUAGUGUUGUACGUAGUAUGUAUAUACACGUAUGCCUGGUUUAUGGUUCUUACUAACGAGAUGCAGAAUAUCUCAAAAACUUGUUACAAUACAGAUAAUGUAAUCUAGUAACAAGUUAUAAAAACAUGUAAAACAAAGUUACGAGAGGAUUUGUUAUAUAACAAUGCUCUGUUAUAUAGUGUAGACCCUGCUUUAUGAAUUUUUGCGUGUUCAUGUCUGGAGAUUAUACACCGAGAAAGGGUGCGGAUUAUUUCGUACAAGUUAACACGGUGAACGUUGAAUAAUUGAUAGUGAUUCGUUUACGUAUUAAGUUUACAACUUUGAUCGUCAUCGAAAUACACGAUCCUUUCCCCUACAACCUUGUUUCGCGUUGGAACACGUUUUGCGCCUCGGAUAAAUUGUUGAAAUUUUAUAAUUCGACCUCCUAUUUCAGUCGUGAACAUAAAUUUGGUUCAAACGAUAUUUUUAGGUUUUUGUAUUCGAUAAGGGACAAAUCAGAUGUUUGUUGCUAUUUAAAAAGCUCUCUUUCACGUUUUGAUCAAUAUUUAUUUAUUGAAAUAUUCUGUAUUGAUUCCAGAGUUUACUAUUGUUUAAAGAACAACUCAGCAUAUACAUAAACAAUUUCAGAGAAACGAUUACCAAUAUGUUAUCUUGCGAACUUACCCGAGUAAAUCCUGAGGCGGAUUAUUUUCUCGGUCGUUUAUACGCGGUAGCGUACGCGUAAGUGUACCCCGCUCCUGUUGCCGUUUUUGCUUGCUAACUGUUGUAGAGUCUGAUAGUUUUAUUUUGUUAACGUAUCGACGAAGAACGAGAGUCCGUAAUCCCGUAAGUUGUACAACACACUCGACGCUUAACCCUUUGAAGCAAAAGAUUUAGACGAAAUUAAUUAACAGGAACAUCGAUUAUUUCUUCUUUGUUCCGAUCGUGUUAAUUUGAAAUCGUAAAUAUUUAUAUUAUUAGUUAAUGAAAUUAUAAAUUAUUGAUUCUAUUUCGUAUUUAUGUUACGUUUUUGUAACAGUAUAGGUCACGUUUCGAAUAGUAGCUGCAGUCACCCUUUUGAGUGAUACAGUUACAACAUAGUUGAUUAUUUGUAAUUGUAAAUUGAAUACAUGGAUGUAUCUGCGUCAUUUGUUGAGUACAUCUAGCAAUCACAAAUUGUCAUGUCUGUAAUGGUUAAAAUACGAUUCAAAAUGCAAUGUUUAUUAUUUCGUAUCGUAUUAUUAAUAUUUAAUUAUUUAUUGGCGAGAGCUCUCCAAUUAAAAAGAAUAAUUCUUGAUCAGCAUGUUGCAAAAUAAUUAUCAUGAACAGACUAAUGAAAUCACUGAAAUUUAUUAUUUCUUCUUUUAUCCAGAGUUAUCGAAUAACUUGAUAAUUCAUAUUGCUAGAUUGUUAUUCAUGUUUAAUAAUGUACCAAAGAGAUUCCGUAUCCUGUUGGAAAUCGGAGAGGAAGAACUUCGUGUAAGAUAAAUGUAAGAGACUAGUAGUAAUAGAAGAUAUAAGGGAAACGAAGCAUUUUUCACGAAUAUUCAUAACUUCUCCAAGCAAAUGUAUUAAAAAUCUGAACCGAAGGAUGUAAGUAGUUUACUGUAUGUAUCCCUGUUUUCAGAGAUGUCCAUCGUACAUCUACGAAGUAAAUAUACUUUAGUAAAUUUAGAAUUAAAACAAAGACUUAUAAGAUGCGUUUUUACACGAUGAUACAAAAAUUAAUGUAUGUAUAAUUAAGCUAUUACUGUUUCUUUUUUUGUUUUUUUUUUUGUUUUUUUUUUUUUUUUUAAUCCACAGGAAAAUGCCUACAAACUGUACAAGGGUAUAAUGCUUAUGGGCGGGAACAAUAUUUAUUGAUAUUACUUACGAUGUACAGUAUUUAAAUUUAAAUUUUAUUAUUUGUAUAUAAUUUAUUUAUUAUAUGUAACGAAUCGGGCGUGUAAGUAAAACGAAGCUAAAAUUGCAAACGGUUAUGCACUAACUAUCAUUGCUUCAGGGGGUUAAAGUCUUAAUUUAUGACGUAAAAGGAUAAUGAAAUCGGAAAGUAAAUGCGAAGGGGAUGAAAAAUAAAAAAAAAAAUGAUAAUGAAAAUCGAUGGAAAUACAAGGAACAUGAUACGAGACUUGAAUGAAACGCAAGGCACCGUUGGUCAGGUUAAUAAUCAUUGUUGUUAUUAGGAGUCAAAAUACGGAAUUAAAGAGAAUGAGUCGAGAGGGAGAAGGAGAGAAAGGAAAGACAUAAAAAAAGAGAGAAUGAAUAAGCGUGACCGCGCGCGAGAGAGAGAAAGUGAGUACGAGAGAGAGUACGAAAGAAUAUGUUUGCUUAUACAUAUAUAUAUAAGGUAUGUAUAUUUGUAUAUAUACAUAGAUAUGUAUGUAUACACGUGUACAAACCUUACAAAUGAAGUAUAUUAUAUAAAUAUAUAAAUAAAUUUAAUAUUAACGUAAGCAUUUUGUCAAAUGUCAAAAAUCAUCCGAUGACGUACGGAGAAAGUUUAACGAUGAUUUGAUCUGUACCAAGUAUGUAAGUUCAUAUACUUGUUUGUAAGUUACCUAAAAAUCUAUUGCGAAAACGUUUUCAUUUCUGGUCGUUUGCUAUGAGAAACAUGCAUCGAUGCUGUAACUUGUAUUUAUUAUUAUUAUUCGAUUUUCGCUAGGCUCACUGUAAGUGGUAACGUGUAAUAAAUCGGUCAAUAAAAAGCUUAUAUGCUUAACGAA